AUGAACAGUGACAAACCACAUGUGCUAGGCUGGACAUAUGAUCAGCACCACCAAAGCGCUUCCUACGUGGAUGUAAAGCUGGAACAAGGUUUGAAGCAAUCUCCUGAACAGCGCCAACAUCACACUAUUAUGUACGACGUGCCAUUGUCCAGCGUGACCGACGACCCCGAUUUCGAUUCGUGGAAAAACAGGUCGCACGAGAAACUGUUUCAACAAGCUUCCUACGUGGAUGUACCGCUGGGUGAGCAGCAUGGUAUGGAGCUAUCCUUUGGACAGUGUCAACAUCACCUUGCCGUGCGCGACGAGAAAAUGCCCAGUGUGAAAAACGAAUUUCUGACCGACAGCCCCGAUUCCGAUUGCAAGGAUGAUAUCCACGACAGCGUUCAAUUAGGCGAAGCGUCUCUGUCAGUGUUAACCACUUGUGAUAAGAUCGACAAUUUCAGAACUGUAGAAAGUGGCGAACGACAACUGAUGGAGGUGUUAACAUCUGGUCAACACCACCAAACAACUUUCAACGUGGAUGUUCAGCAAUGUGUGCAGCAUAGUGAGCUAUCUCUUGAACAGUGGCAACAGCACGCUACCAUGUAUGACGAGAAAUUGGUCAAUGUGAAAGACGAAAUGGGCCAAAAAAUGCUUCAUGGUAUUUCGGCUAUCCAGCCUCAUGACAGCGUUAGGUUUCUUGAACUCAAAAAGGCACAGACAAAACAUAACGAUUAUCUCAAGCUACAACUCAAAUCUGUCCGUCGCAGGCUGAACUCCAAGCAUAUUGUACUGCCCCACAAAAGCACCGUUUAUAACUACAACAAAAAUAUUCGAUUGGAGCCAGGUCUGAAUGAAGUUAUUCUGAAUUUAAUGAAGAGUAAGGUGAAGCGGAUGCGAUCUAAAAUGGAUAAAAUAGUUAUGAUCUGUAUCGACGGAAUGUCAGUAAAACCAGAGCUAACCUACUGCGCGAAAUCGGAUACAUUUUACGGCUUUCCAAAUCAUGGCUUACUUCGAAAAAUUGAAAAAAAUGACCCUUCAAAAUUAGCGACUGAAGCAGUUGUAGUUAUGGUGUCUGGGAUAUACCGCAGCUUCAAACAGCCGAUUGGAUAUCUUCUGGCUCACAAUAGUCUUGGCAGUGAAAUACAAAUGAAAUUUAUCAAGAAAACUGUUAAAGCUAUUCGUGAAACAAAACUAAUUCCGAUUGCCCUUGUGAUGGACCAGUCCACGACCAACCAAAAAAUGGCACGUGAGGUAGGAGCAACAAUGGACAAUCCGAUAAUCAAAAUUCACAACGAAAAUAUUGCUAUGUUUGACACACCACACCUAUUGAAGAACGCUCGAAACGCCCUGUACAAAUACAAUGCAGUUUUCGACAAUCAAAUAGCAUCGUUCAAACACAUUAAACAUCUUUAUGAAAUAGAUGUGACAUCAACGUUGCGUUUGGUACCAAAAAUUCAACAUAAAACUAUCAAUCUUCCGCCAUUCACAAAAAUGAAUGUGGCAAUGGCAACAAGAACUUUAAGCGAAUCCACAGCAACUGCCAUUAAGCAUUACGUAGAAGCACAAUCACUCCCGAACGAAUCGUUGCAAACAUCAUCGUUUGCUUCUCUUCACGAUAAGAUCUUCGAUACAUUCAACUCGAAAGAACGUUAUGCUAAUUCAAUUGGCAAGCAUGAUUUUCUUCCUAUAGCCUUACAGAGCUCCGAUCACGGAUAG